AUGGCCAGCCCUGAGAAGCCUCAGUUUCCCCCAGCCCAGGAGCUGGGCACCACCUCACCCUCACCCCUGGAGCUGCCGGAGAUGGAGAAGCUCCUAACCAAGACGGAGGACAAGACCCUGAAGCUGUCCAAGUCCCUUUCAGGGGCCCUGGACCUCGAGCAGAAUGGCCACAGCCUACCCUUCAAGGCGGUCUCUGAGCGGCAUCUGGAGGCCCCCCUCUCCCAGUCGCCCUCCAGGGCCAGCUCCAGGAGAGCAUCCUCCAUUGCCACUGCCUCCUACACCCAGGACCGGGAGGUUCCCAAGGAUUACCUCAUCCUCGCCAUCGCCUCUUGCUUCUGCCCCGUCUGGCCCCUCAACCUCAUCCCUCUCAUCUUUUCCAUCAUGUCCCGAGGGAGCGUGCAGCAGGGGGACCUGGACGGGGCCCGGAGGCUGGGCCGCCUGGCCCGGCUCCUCAGCAUCACCUUCAUCUUCCUGGGGAUUGUCAUCAUCAUUGUGGCCGUGACUGUCAACUUAACAGGUGAGGCCCACAUGUGCACAGUUCAGAAGAAGUAA